AUGUUUAGCCUCUUGCAAUCUCAGCAUCCACCACAAUGUUCACAAUCUGGAUGUGGCAAACCGGUUGAUUGCAAAUGCACUACUUGCCAGAAGGAGUUUUGCAUGUUUCACUUUAUGGACGAUAAACGUGGGCAUCAAUUUAAGUCAGAAGAUGAUGUACAAGGACAGGCAUAUAGUGAUCCACACUUUGUUGGCUUCAACAAUCAAACUUUUGAUCGACAUCCGACUGGUGACGCUAUUCUGUUCAAAAAUUCAUCCGCACAAUUCGAAAUACAUAUUCGUAAUCAAAAAGUGUCUUUCCACUCAAAUUCAAGCCCGGCAAUUAUCAAAGCCAUCGCUAUUCGUGUUGGUGAUGAGAUUAUUCAGUACGCUGUAGAUCGUACUUUUCAGAUUGAUGGUAAACCGCACAAAUUAGAUGGUAUUGGUAUAGCCACUCCGAAAACACGCACCACGAUCAUUGAAGAAAAUAAAAAUACGUUCCAUGNGGCUAAACACACCUCUGAAGUUAUGAGACAGAAGCAUAUCUUUCGGUUCUUCGGAACCACAGUCAUCGAUCAAUUCGACACUCGUUUUUUUUUCUCAUAA